AUGAGGCUGUCGGGCUCGUGUGGGUUGGCGCUCAGAUUCCUGCCGGACGCACAGGCAAAUCAUGGCAGUGAUUGGGGAUGCGACAUUGCGACUUGCGAACGUGGGCAAUGGAAUGACGUGGAUUUACAUGGUGGUGAUGACGAUGGUGGUGAUGACGAUGGUGGUGAUGACGAUGGUGGUGAUGAUGAUGGUGGUGAUGACGAUGGUGGUGAUGACGAUGGUGGUGAUGACGAUGGUGAUGAUGACGAUGGUGGUGAUGACGAUGGUGGUGAUGACGAUGGUGGUGAUGACGAUGGUGGUGAUGACGAUGGUGGUGAUGACGAUGGUGGUGAUGACGAUGGUGGUGAUGACGAUGGUGGUGAUGACGAUGGUGGUGAUGACGAUGGUGGUGAUGACGAUGGUGGUGAUGACGAUGGUGGUGAUGACGAUGGUGGUGAUGACGAUGGUGGUGAUGACGAUGGUGGUGAUGACGAUGGUGGUGAUGACGAUGGUGGUGAUGACGAUGGUGGUGAUGACGAUGGUGGUGAUGACGAUGGUGGUGAUGACGAUGGUGGUGAUGACGAUGGUGGUGAUGACGAUGGUGGUGAUGACGAUGGUGGUGAUGACGAUGGUGGUGAUGACGAUGGUGGUGAUGACGAUGGUGGUGAUGACGAUGGUGGUGAUGACGAUGGUGGUGAUGACGAUGGUGGUGAUGACGAUGGUGGUGAUGACGAUGGUGGUGAUGACGAUGGUGGUGAUGACGAUGGUGGUGAUGACGAUGGUGGUGAUGACGAUGGUGGUGAUGACGAUGGUGGUGAUGACGAUGGUGGUGAUGACGAUGGUGGUGAUGACGAUGGUGGUGAUGACGAUGGUGGUGAUGACGAUGGUGGUGAUGACGAUGGUGGUGAUGACGAUGGUGGUGAUGACGAUGGUGGUGAUGACGAUGGUGGUGAUGACGAUGGUGGUGAUGACGAUGGUGGUGAUGACGAUGGUGGUGAUGACGAUGGUGGUGAUGACGAUGGUGGUGAUGACGAUGGUGGUGAUGACGAUGGUGGUGAUGACGAUGGUGGUGAUGACGAUGGUGGUGAUGACUAUGGUGGUGAUGACGAUGGUGGUGAUGACGAUGGUGGUGAUGACGAUGGUGGUGAUGACGAUGGUGGUGAUGACUAUGGUGGUGAUGACGAUGGUGGUGAUGACGAUGGUGGUGAUGACGAUGGUGGUGAUGACGAUGGUGGUGAUGACUAUGGUGGUGAUGACGAUGGUGGUGAUGACGAUGGUGGUGAUGACGAUGGUGGUGAUGACGAUGGUGGUGAUGACGAUGGUGGUGAUGACGAUGGUGGUGAUGACGAUGGUGGUGAUGACGAUGGUGGUGAUGACGAUGGUGGUGAUGACGAUGGUGGUGAUGACUAUGGUGGUGAUGACUAUGGUGGUGAUGACGAUGGUGGUGAUGACUAUGGUGGUGAUGACUAUGGUGGUGAUGACGAUGGUGGUGAUGACGAUGGUGGUGAUGACGAUGGUGGUGAUGACGAUGGUGGUGAUGACGAUGGUGGUGAUGACGAUGGUGGUGAUGACUAUGGUGGUGAUGACUAUGGUGGUGAUGACUAUGGUGGUGAUGACUAUGGUGGUGAUGACUAUGGUGGUGAUGACUAUGGUGGUGAUGACUAUGGUGGUGAUGACGAUGGUGGUGAUGACGAUGGUGGUGAUGACGAUGGUGGUGAUGACGAUGGUGGUGAUGACUAUGGUGGUGAUGACUAUGGUGGUGAUGACUAUGGUGGUGAUGACUAUGGUGGUGAUGACUAUGGUGGUGAUGACUAUGGUGGUGAUGACGAUGGUGGUGAUGACUAUGGUGGUGAUGACUAUGGUGGUGAUGACUAUGGCAACAAGAAGCCUUUUGAAUGA